ACUUGUCAUUAGGUUGACAACAAAUAGAAGUUCAAUUUAAAUGAUUUACUUUUGUUUAUUUUCACUUUUACUCUUAAAUGUUUUGUGAUUAAAGGCGAAAAUUUAGUUAAUUAAGAUUAACCAAGUGUAUCUAUUAACAUUUACAUUGUCUUCUUUUUAAUUUUCUAUUUAAUGUUUUACUCUAUAAAAUUGACUCUCUUCAUUUCAUUCACUCUAUUUGCAAGGAUUGCGCUUGGUUAACAAUUACAUCGAUCAUAUAUGUCAUUUGCUUUCAAAAUGAUUGCUCCAACAACAACCAUUGAAACGGUCACUAUUGUUAGACCUUUAAAGGUGAUCGCAUUCAUAUGUGGUAUCAUUGUGUUAUUUUUAAUGACAUUAUGCAUCGGAUCAUCAAAUUGGUUAACCUCAGAAAAGUAUCGUCAAGGUUUAUGGGAAUAUUGUAUUGAAGAAGAUGCUAUUCAACCGUUGCCUUUCAAUCUUAAAAAUGGCCCUGGAUGUUUUCCGGGCAGAGAUGCCGGUUACAUCAAAUUAGCUGGAAUACUUUGCUGCUUCGGUUUGGGAUUUGAUUUUUUUGCAACCAUCAUGACUGGAUUUGGCCUUAGCAGUAAAGACCCAAGGAAAAAAUAUACUCUCUAUCGAUUUGCUUUAUAUAUCAUGGUUGCUGCAUUUGUUGUUAUACUAAUUGCCUUGGUGGUUUACCCUGCUUACUUUGCGGCUGAAUUUAACGAGAGUAAUCGUCAAGUAUGGGAACUUGGCUGGGCCUAUGGUGUAGGCUGGGGAGCAGCCAUAUUUUUACUUGGAGCCAUAUUGUUAUUACUCUGUGACAAAGAGACGGAAGAAAUUUACUAUAAAGAAAGGACGAUUGUACAUACACAGACAAACGGAGGGGGUGACCUGAAAGCCUAACAUCAAAAAUCAAACGAAAUAUCAAUUGACGUAGCUUAAAAGCCCUGAAAAAAGGAAACUAUAUACUGUAUUAUAUGCAUGAAUGAUGAGUGAUGAGCCAAUUUCAAUAAUCAAUUACAAAUUUUUAACUGUUAGAAAUUAAUUUUUGUUGAUAAUGUGAUCAGAAUGUUUGGUUUUCACUUCAAUCUUCACCUUAUUCUGAAACUAUUACGAUAAUAGAGUUAGCAUUUUCUAACAGAGACAAAAUUUUCAAAGUUAUCGAAACAUAAAAUAUUUGUUUUAAUCAAUAUCAAAAUCAUUAAGGAUCAUAUUAAUCGAUUUAAUGAUCUAAACUAUACCAAACAAUUGACAAAAAUAAUUUCUAACCAUUUAAGUUAUAAUCAUUUAUAAUUGAAAUUGACUCUAACUUAGCUCUCAUUCAUUGUAUAUAAUUAAAUUGUAAAGAUAAUACUAAACUCCUACAGUAGACACUCAACAAACGAAUCAAAAACCAAAAAGACAAUUACUAUUUACUAUUAAUUGAUUUCUUCCUAAAAUCUUAAUUUCUCAUUCAGAUUUACACCGUGAUCAAGAAUACAAGUCCAACUAUUUUUCCAAAUUUUUUCAUUAUCAAAGGAAAAUUCAUCAUAACAGCUAAGACAAUGGAGAUUUUGGAACUUUGGACGAAUUUCUCAAAGUCUCUCUUCUUUCAUCUUAUAUCGUCGAAACAUUUCGACGAUGAUGCAAAAAUUUGAAAAAAAGUUCGUCCCGUACUUAAGAUCACGGUGUAGAUCAGCUGAUA